AUGUUAUCGCGCGCCUCUCUUAUUUCGCGUGCGCGUCUUGGUACUUUGGCCUCGCACGUCCGCCCAUACCAGACUCGAGCAUUCGCUAGUGCGCGCCUUCCGCCUACUUUGCAUGUCCUACGGCGUGAUGCAGAACUUGCAUUAGCUUCGAACAAGUCGCUUGCCUCUGACGUGACAGCAUACGGCUGGAUCGUAUCUGUGCGUCGGCACAAGACGCGCACAUUUCUCGAACUCACAGACGGUACCAUGGGUGGCGGAGCCACGAUGCAGGUCGUCCUGUCAGGUGAUAUUCGUGAGUUGACACCAGGACAGGCCAUACAGCUGCAUGGUCAAAUGAAAGCAGGACGUGGCCGCUCAGCAAGUCAGCGCGUGGAGAUCCAGGCUGAUCAUGUGGCUGUCCUUGCACCCACAGAUCUCGCUACAUACCCGCUUGCGAAUAUGAUGCAAGGCAAUCACGCAGCCAGUGCUGCAGCCGACGCUCUGACUCACACCACAGCCACUGAUAUCGUCCGUCGUGAAUCACAUUUCAAGGCACGUACACCACAAUUUGCUGCUCUUCAGCGCACACGCGCGCGCAUGGAGCACGCCAUGGGCGCGUGGAUGGCCGCCAACGACUUUUGCAAGGUACAUCCGCCGAUUAUAACGUCAUCAGACUGUGAAGGAGGCGGCGAGAUUUUCCAGGUCGUGGCAGAUGCUGACGUGCCUCAAAACUCUCAGGAGACUAUGUCUUUGACGUCGUCUCGCAACGGCUCCCUAGCCGCUUUUUGGUCCGGUCAGCCGGCAUACCUCACCGUGUCGGCACAGCUGCACCUCGAGGCGUAUGCUCUAGGCCUCUCUCGUGUAUGGUCACUAUGUCCAGUGUUUCGUGCUGAAGGCUCAGCAACGAAUCGGCACCUAGCUGAGUUCUGGAUGCUCGAGGCUGAGUUGUGCUGGCUACCUGAUGGCGAACAAGCUCUCCGAAUGGUGCUGGAUGUCACAGAAAGUGUGUUGAAGAGUGCACUGCAAGCCGCUUGGCAUGACGAGCGUGCGAAAGAGGAUAUGGCAUUUUUAGGAGCUACGUACGAUGCAGCACUGAUCAACUCGCCGUGGCCCCGCCUCACAUAUACCGACGCUGUGCGUCUUUUGCGAGCACAUACAAAGGCUCCGCCCGUUUGGGGUGAGUCACUGAAGUCGGAGCAUGAGCGCUGGCUCGCGUCGCACAUGGGCCAGCCGGUGUUUGUGACAAACUUCCCGACAGAGAUAAAGCCGUUCUACAUGCGCGAGGAUCCUGAGCCUGUAAUACUGAGUGAUGACGUGCAUCCAACAGAGAGCGGCUCAGCCAGGAAGACUGUCGCCUGCUUCGACUUGCUUGUGCCGCAGGUCGGUGAGCUUGUGGGAGGAAGUGUGCGUGAAGAGCGACAUGGCGUGCUAAUGCAGCGACUGCGCACAUCAGGAUUGCAAGCAUCCUCCUUGACCUGGUACACAGAUGACCUACGUCGGUACGGCGGAGCGCCGCAUGGCGGGUUUGGUCUCGGCAUGGAGCGCUUUUUGAGCUGGGUCACACAUACGUUCCAUGUGCGAGAUUUGGUCGGGUUCCCACGUGUAAAGGGUCCUCUUCGAUACUAG